GUGGGCAGGACAUCAGUUUCUAUUUAAGACGCAGAUGAAGGUGCAGCACAGUCACAGAAUCUCACAGAGACAAAGAACAACUUGCAGGGCCUCUGAUAUCUGUCUGAGCUGGUAUUGAUCUGUGAGCCUGAACUCAGAAUGAAGAUCCUCCUCAUCUUCACCCUCUUCCUGAUUUCAGGUGGAGGAGAAUCAGAGAGAGUGACAGGAUAUUCAGGAGGAGGAGUCCUCAUCAAGUGCACAUACGACACAGGAUACACAUCAAACCCAAAGUACCUCUGUACGGGUUCAUGGCCCUGCCUGACGAAGCCAAUUUGGACAGACGCUAAAAAUGAGUGGAUAAAUAGUGGAAGAUUCUCACUGUUUGAUGACACCAGAGCUGCAGAGUUCUGGGUGUUGAUCAGAGAGCUCACUGUAGAGGAUUCUGGAACGUACAAGUGUGGAGUUGAUAAAUUUGGCAUUGAUAUCUACACACCAGCGGAACUGAAUGUAGAGGAAGAUCUGUCCUAUGAGAAGAGCAUCAGUGUGACUGGCCAUGUAGGAGGAAGCGUGAACAUCAGCUGCAAAUACCCACAAUCCCACAAGAAUGACCCCAAGUUUCUCUGUAGGAGAGUGGACACUGCUGACUGUAAUUAUAAAACAUCUGUUAAAGAGAGCAGAAAAUGGAUAAAUGAGGGAAAACUGUAUCUACAUGAUGAUGGAAAGCAGAUCUUCACUGUGAGCAUCAACAGUCUGACUGAGGGAGACUCUGGUGAAUACUGGUGUGGAGCUGAAUCAGACUGGACAUCUGCCCAUGGAUACAAGGUUUAUAUCACACGGAUCAACCUCAGAGUUUCUGGAACAGCAUCAGCCUCAACAUCACCAUCAAGCCCCACUGCACAGACCAUAGAAACAAAUGCCUCUACAACAUCUACAACUACCAUGAGAUCCUCAUUUAAAACUUCAACAGGUGUAAUAUUCAUACUAAAUUCUACCACAGUCAUCGACAUACAUCAGUGCACUGACCACAAAACCAACCACAUCCUCAAUGCCUAA